AUGUCUGCUGAUACAUUGAAUGCCACAUGUGAAAAAUUCUUUCAGAUUUGGGCUCAUAAAGCAGCGAAUAUUUCUAAUGAUUUGAUUGAAUAUACCAUCCGACGAAUGCAAAGUGAUCGUCUGCGAUUUCUAUUCCAAACGCGCAAUGAAUUAACUCAACGAGAAACAGGUUCACCCAUUUGUCAAGUUUCAAUGUAUACGGAAGAUGAAUUAAGAAGAAUCAAAGAACAUAUCCGACGAUUUUGUUUAACAACAAGAAAUGCCUAUCGGCAUUUGCGAUCAGAUUCACGUAUUUAUCCGAAAAUGUGCAUUGAAUUAGAUCAAGGCAUCAUCAUCAAAAUCUGCCGAUUUAUCUUUAAAACGAAAGUGUUAAUUAAAAUUUUGUCCAAAGACAAACAUUCCAAUGCAGACGAAAAUGAACAAUCGAAGAAAGAACAGAUCAAAUCUUUUGAAUAUAAUGAUCCGUAUAGAAAUAUUACCAAAGCAUUUAUCAUCCUACAGUCAAAUUUUGAGAUACUUUUUGGUGAUAUUUUAGAAAAAGAUUACUUUCAGAAUGCCAAGACAGCGGUUCGAUCUCUUCCCGUCAUACUGGAUACCAGUAAAACUAUUCGUCUAAUAUUCUGCGCAUUAUACAAACUAACCGAACCUGAACGACAAGCUGAAGCAGAAGCGCGUCGUCAACAUCGACAGUCGCAUUGUCGUCAUGAUAAAUCAAAAAAACCGAACAAGAUUCCGAUAAAUAACAACGAACUUGAUCAAAGAUUAAAAGCAAUCAAUGAUAUGCUAAUCAAACAACGAUCAGAAGUUACAAAUGAUUUAACUAUCACUCCGUCAAAAGCAACACUGAAACUUCGACCUGCAAAAUCACAUCUGAACACUCCCAAAACCAUCCAUUCAAAAACAAGUCAAAAACGAUCCUCGUCAUCAACACCAAUGAGAGCAAAAACAAAUCUAUCAAAAAAGAGUUCUAUUAAAAUGAAAAGCCCGGAUUCAAACAGUAAAUCUCAGCAACGAUCGCCGAAUAAAAAUACCAAUGCAUCAAAAACACCUUCCACCUCCGAAAAUGAUAAUAACAAUCAAACUCAACUAUUCAAACACACCAAAUUUGGUUGGACUACUUGGUUACACAAUACCACCCUUAAUCUCUCCACGGCUUCUCUCUUGAAUCAAAUCAACAAACCUGAACUUCCAACACCUGUUUUAACUACAUGGGCUUCACUUGAUCGAAAGUCAAAACCUUAA